AUGCCUCCUAUUCCUGAUGUGACCUCUAAACUCGCCGCACCGGUCAAAAAGUCCGUCUUCGAGCGCCAGAAGGCGGAAGCAGAAGCUAAAAAGGCCCGAGAAAAGGCAGAGACGGCAGCUGUACUCGAAGACUUUGUGAAGAGUUUUGAUGACGAAGGAGAUCAGCCCGCAUUUCCGUCGAAACGACCAGGUGUGGGAGGAGCCAGCGUAAACAAUAACUAUGGGCCGGGGCCGGGCAAAAGGCACUUCACAAGCUCUGGGUUGAAGAGUGGGCCAGGGAGUUUGGGCCCGGUUCCAUCUACAUCAAAAAGCGGACCGGGUAGUUUGGGACCUGUCCCGAACUACGGCAAGAAAAGACAAUAUGAAGACUAUGCGGGAAGAGAUCGAGAUCGCCGGGAUAGGAUGUUCUCAUAUAGUGAUGAAAGAGACGGAAACAAUCGGCGGGACUCUGGGACCUUUUCUAAUGAAGAAGAGGACGCCAGGGAUGACGGCGAGCUCAAGGCUGCUGCAAAGCCGACCCUACAUCUCUCCUCGCUCCCUCCGGGAACGUCGCCAGCAGUCAUCAAGAGCCUUUUCACACCGUCUCCGUUAACGAUCGAAAAUGUCCGCAUUCUGCCGGCCGGCUCAGGGUCAAUAAACGAAAGAAAAUCCGUCACGGCUAUCGUGACUCUCGCGGCUGAAACACCAGCAACCGACAUUGACACGAUGGUAUCGCAUUUACAGAACAGGUAUCUCGGCUUUGGAUUCAAUCUGUCGAUAUCUCGUCAUCUCUCUUCUGCAGCACUGACCGGUUCCAACUCCUUGAGCAAUAACACACCGCACUCGAACUUGAACUCCCUCCCUUUCGGCGCAAAGCCGAUUCCUCAACAUACUUCUCUAUCUCGAGCCCCUCCGCCAGGCCAAGGGCCAGGACGUUUUGCACCACCCGCGUCAUUCACAUCUUCCACCCCAUACGGACCGAGAUCCAAUAAUCUACCCGCGACUCAAGUCUUAGUCCAAGCACCCAGGGACCUCCAACAACUCCGACUCAUCCACAAAACAGUCGAAGCCCUCCUGACCUACGGGCCUGAGUUUGAAGCACUGUUGAUGUCCCGCCCCCAAAUUCAGCGUGCAGAACAAUGGGCUUGGCUGUGGAAUUCCCGAUCCACCGGUGGUGUAUACUAUCGUUGGCGGUUGUGGGAAAUUCUGACGAAUGCAAUCGCCCGCAGACGACGCCAACCCACUAGUUACGGCAUGCGACAGUCAGGAGAUGUUCUCUUCGAAGGACAAAGUAUCUGGGUUCCCCCGGAGGAAAACCUCAAGUUCGAAUAUACCACGAAACUCGAAGAGUUCAUCAGCGAUGAGGACUACAAUUCCUCCGAUGAGGAGGACGCCGAAGACGGAGGCGGCUUGGCCAGACGCUAUCACGAUCACCAAAAGCUUGCGGGGAACCCCGCCGAUUCCAUGCACGAUAACGACGGCGCCGGAUAUUUGAACCCGCUGGCGAAAACCAAGCUCGUCCAUCUGCUGAGCCGUUUACCCGAAUCCAACACCAAGCUUCGCAAAGGCGACGUUGCUCGAGUAACAGGCUUUGCAAUCGGACAUGCUGGUGCGGGCGCGGACGAAGUCGCCACCCUGGUGACGCGCAAUGUGAUCAAACCCUUCUGCUACAGCGUGAUCAAAGCAGAGAAAGCUCGCCAUCCUGACGAUGAGGGCUACAGUGAUGACGAAAUCGUCGAAGGCUCUAAACCCAAGACAGACGACGCAGAGAAGGAGAAAGACACCACCCCAGCCUCCAUGGUGGGUUUGUAUAUCAUCUCCGACAUCCUUUCGUCCUCUGCCUCGGCCGGGGUUCGACAUGCAUGGCGCUACCGCUCACUUUUCGAAACACAAUUGCGUCUCCAGAAUGUGUUCCCAAUUCUCGGCCGCGCGGCGCGCGAGAACGACUGGGGCAAACUGAAGGCGGAGAAGUGGCGGCGCAGCGUGCAGAGUGUGCUUAGUUUGUGGGAAGGUUGGUGUGUGUUUCCCGGGAAGAGUCAUGAGGAAUUUGUCGAGGGUUUCUUGCAUCCGCCAUUGACAGAGAAGGAGAUCAAGGAACAUGAGGCCAAGAAGGGCAGGGCAGAUCGAGACAGCCUUGCAAAGGAGGAGAAAGACAAACCUGUCAAUCGUUGGAGGAGUGUUGAUGACGCCAAUGCCAGUAUUCAACCUGAUGAAUGGGCCAUUGAUAGCCCAUCUAUGCUGGGCCGGUCCGAGGAUGGCGCCGAUGGGGAUGCCGAUGUCGACAUGGACGUGGACGGGACACCAAUGGCCGAUGACGACGAAGAAUACGGCGACGACGAUCUGACCGAUGCGGGCCUCGAUGGCAUCCCGAUGCUCGAUAGCAGCGACGAAGACGAGGCUGAAGAUAAAGAAAAUGCACCCGAGAAGGACGCCACAGACACGGGGAUAGGCAUCGAACAAGACCCUCCGUCUCCGGCCAACUCCGAGCCAGCGUCCCAAACGAACGAGACAGUGACCACUUUAAAGCCGCCUCAGCCUGCUCCAACACCUACGACGACAAGUCCCAUGUCUCAAGGGCGCCGAGUACGUCCGAAAGCAGCGGACUUUGACGACAUGUUUGAAUGA